AUGACGGAAAAAGAAGCGAAGAGUAGAAACAGAAUACAUCUUCCAGAGGAUUUGCUUGUGGAGAUACUCUCUAGGGUUCCGGAUGCUUCUCUGGCACGGUUCCUAUCUACCUCAAAAGAAUGGAACUCUCUUAUCAAAACAGAAGAGAGACUUAGGAAGAAGUCUCUUGUUGUCAUGUUAAUUGAUGGUAGGGUCUAUUUUGCUAGGCUUGAUCUCCAUGGCAUUACCGACGACAACGUUGUAAAGGUAAAAAGUCAGUUCAGCCUCAAUGAUUAUCCUCUUUCUAUACGUGAUAUCUUUCACUGCGACGGCCUAUUGCUAUGCACCACCAUGGACGAAAGACUGGUUGUCUGGAACCCAUGUUCAGGGGAAACAAGUAGAAUUAUCAAACCCUUAAAUUCCAAAUAUAGUUUUGAUGUCUACGCGCUCGGUAAAUCCUCAUGCAACAACGAGUAUAAAAUCUUGAGGGUCCAUCAUCAUGGAGAUGGUUGGAUGUCUCCAUGCCUUGUUAAGUACGAAAUAUAUGAUUUUACAUCUAAUUCCUGGAGGGUUGUUGGUGAGAUUAGAGGGUGGACAUUUCCAGGGCCCUGGCGACAUGGCACGUCUGUGGAUGGAAAUACUUACUGGCUUUCUUUUGAUUUUAGUCAAGACCGUCAAAGACCGAAAAAUACCUUACGAUAUUUUGAUUAUUCAACAGAGAGGUUUGGACUUGUGUCUCUUCCGGGUGAUCCUCUAUCUUAUCAUCCUUUUGCCUUAUCAGUGACUAGAGAAGAGCAAAAUCUUUGUCUGUUAACUUCUUGUGUCAAACUACUCGAUAUAGGUGUAUGGAUGGCAAUUAAAAUUAAAGGUACAGGAGACAUGUCAUGGAGUAAACUCUUAACAGUGAAACGAACCAGUAGCGACCAGUUCUUUAAGCUUUGUAAAGGAGUGAGUUUCUUGGCCGACCGGAAGAAUAAAGUUAUAGUGCAUCCCAUUAAAGAUGUGAACUUUAGGAACUUCUUACACAUUGUGGGAGAGGAUAAAUACAGAAAAGUGAACCUUUGUGCUGUAGGAUACGCACUUCCUGUCAGCUGUGAUCCAACUUUGGUUCAAAUCCAACAAGGUUCUUUGGGGCUAGGCACAUGGAAAGAACCAAUCACCAAGUUUUCAUGAUAUUUGAUAAAUUAAAAUGCAAGUCUUGCUACUCCAUAAGGUUUUAGUUACAAUUCCAAUUCUAUUUCUUCUGCGACUGGAACAAUAUUUUUGGUUAUCUCUUAUUAAAUAAGCAAGUCUUGUUCUUAAAAAUCAGCAAUACCACUGACGUCAUUUACA